GCAAAAGUCUUACCAAAUGAUAGCCAUAUUAGUCACCUCACCACCCGAGUGAUGGGAACCUUUGGAUAUGUGGCUCCGGAGUAUGCAUCAAGUGGUAAAUUGACAGAUAAAUCAGAUGUAUAUUCCUACGGAGUCAUGCUUUUGGAACUUAUAACCGGACGUCCACCAAUCACUGCAGCAGGAUCUAGGAAUGAGUGCUUGGUUGACUGGGCUAGGCCAUUGCUUGCUCGAGCACUACAAGAAGAGAAUUUCGACAACCUUGUUGAUCCAAGGUUGCAGAAAAACUGCGAUGCUGAUGAGAUGGUUAGAAUGGUUACAUGUGCAGCUGCUUGUGUGCGCCAUUCAUCCAAACUUCGACCUCGUAUGAGCCAAAUAGUUGGAGCC